ACAUAGUAUAUCAUCUCUGUUUCACUAUGCAACAACGUGACAAGUGAAAUAAUUUUACGCGAAUUGCUUUGCCAAAACAAGCCAAGUUUGAAAUGCAUGUUUAGGUUAAAAUAUUGGAAAUUAUUGUUCAAGGGCACAUGUAAACCACCAUGACUUCAAUUAUAAAGGUACAUGCUAUUUCUGGAGCAAUGGAUGAAUCACCUCCAUGUUACAUGCUCCAGGUUGAUGAUUUUAGGAUACUGUUGGAUUGUGGAUGGGACGAGAAAUUUGACCCAGAGUUCAUGAAAGAACUGAAGAGGUAUGUUCACCAGAUCGAUGCAGUGCUUCUCUCAUAUCCAGAUCCACUACAUUUAGGAGCACUGCCAUACCUUGUUGGCAAAUGUGGCCUCAACUGUCCAAUUUAUGCUACAAUUCCAGUCUACAAAAUGGGACAGAUGUUUAUGUAUGAUUUGUAUCAGUCUCGGCACAACAUGGAGGACUUUGAAUUGUUUACACUGGAUGAUGUUGAUGCUGCAUUUGACAAGAUAGUUCAACUGAAAUACAAUCAAAGUGUAGCAAUGAAAGGAAAGGGCUAUGGCCUGACUAUUACACCAUUACCUGCAGGCCAUAUGAUUGGUGGUGCUAUAUGGAAGAUUGUAAAAGUAGGUGAGGAAGAUAUGGUGUAUGCUGUAGAUUUUAAUCACAAAAAAGAACGUCACCUUAAUGGCUGUGAGUUGGAGCGUCUCCAGCGACCAUCCCUUCUCAUCACAGAUGCAUUUAAUGCUACGUAUCAACAGGCAAGGCGACGUACACGCGAUGAAAAACUAAUGACAAAUAUAUUGCAGACAUUAAGAAGUAAUGGUAAUGUCUUGAUUGCUGUGGACACUGCUGGAAGAGUUCUGGAAUUGGCACACAUGUUGGAUCAACUUUGGCGUAAUAAAGACUCAGGUCUUAUAGCUUAUUCAUUAGCAUUGCUCAACAAUGUCAGCUACAAUGUUGUAGAGUUUGCAAAAUCACAGAUUGAGUGGAUGAGUGACAAAUUAAUGCGAACUUUUGAAGGAGCAAGGAAUAAUCCUUUUCAGUUUAAGCAUCUACAGUUAUGUCACAGCAUAGCUGAACUCAGUCGAGUACCAAGUCCAAAGGUUGUUCUGGCCAGCUCUCCUGACAUGGAAUGUGGUUUCUCACGUGAACUUUUCUUGCAGUGGUGUUCUAAUCCUCUUAACAGCAUCAUUUUGACCAAUAGGACAUCACCUGGAACACUAGCCCGACAGUUAAUUGAACUUGGUGGGAACCGCACAAUGACUUUGGAAGUACGGCGUAGGGUGCGUCUUGAAGGUGCUGAACUUGAAGAACAGCAGAGAAAAGAAAGAGAAGCAAAGGAGGCCCGGGCAGAGAAAAGUGAAGAUGUUGACAUGAGUAGUGAAUCUGAGGAUGAAAUGGACAUGACUGCAGUUGGAAGAGGCCGGCAUGACUUACUUGUCAAGCAAGAAACGAAAGUACAGACAGGGUUUUUCAAGAGCAGCAAGAAGCAGCACCCCAUGUUUCCCUUCUUUGAGGAAAAAGUUAAAUUUGAUGAAUAUGGUGAGAUUAUUAGAUCAGAGGACUACAAGAUGGUUGACUCUAAUCCUGAAGCAGAAGAUAACAAGGAGAAUGUUGAAAUUAAGGAAGAAGAAGUAACAGUGGACAUCACUGAAGUGCCUACGAAGUGUGUGUCAUCUGUACGCCAAGUGCGUGUUGUAGCACAAGUCCAGUUCAUUGAUUUUGAGGGCCGCUCAGAUGGUGAAAGUUUGCAAAAAAUCUUGGGCCAAUUGAAACCACGUCGAUUAAUCCUUGUGCGAGGAAACACAGAAGGAGUACAGAUGCUACAAAAUGCAUGUAGACAUUGGGGAGCAGCUCGUGUAUUUGCACCUCAACGUGGAGAAAUUGUUGAUGCCACAACAGAGACACACAUAUAUCAGGUUCGGCUGACAGAUGCUCUUGUUUCAUCACUCCAACUGAAACGUGGAAAAGAUGCAGAGUUAGCAUGGAUAGAUGCUCACAUAACUACAAGAGAAGCUUCAAAGGAUGUAAAACCUGUAGAUGCAGAUACAGAGAAAGACGAAAAGGACGAUGACCAGAUAUAUACACUGGAACCAUUGCCUCUCAAUCAGAUCUCAGGUCACCAAACAGCAUUCAUCAAUGAAUUAAAGCUUUCUGAUUUCAAGCAAGUGCUCACAAAGGCCAAUAUCAGCUCUGAAAUAUCUGGAGGUGUUCUCUGGUGCUGUAAUGGAACAGUGGCUGUGCGAAGGCAUGACACUGGCAGAGUCACCUUAGAAGGUUGUUUGUCAGAAGACUAUUAUAACGUCCGAGACUUACUAUAUGAGCAGUAUGCCAUUGUCUGAAAUCUGUUGGUGUUAUUAGAGGAAGAUUAUCAAAAUGUUGGUGAACUUGAAGAGCCAUCACCUGUGGCACUGAGUGUUAAUGAUACCAUUGAAAAGAAUUGUAUUUUGUGGAGCACGUUUUUGUCAGCAGCUUAUUUUUAAAGUCUGCUUUGUACACUUUGCUGGAAAUAUUGGAGAAGUUCAGGAGAUUCACCUGUAUAUGGAAUUGUAAAUAUCAAUAGCAUUGUCUACUGCUGAGCAGUGACAUAAGCCAUUUCUGCAAGGUUUAUAUUUGUGAUUCCCCAAGGGAUAAAAUUUUGUAUAUA